AUGCUGUCGCAUGGUCAGGAUGGCGAUGAAAGGCAGUGGCAGCAAGUGCUGCAGCUGCUUUCCCACCCCAGCGAAGCCCAGCAGUUGGCUUGCUUGACCGAGCUGCAGCAGUGGCUGUCCUUCGCGACUGAUGAGCACUUGGGGACCUUCCCGCUGCAGCGGGUUUUGCAUGCUCUGUUCCAGCUGCUGCAAGGCAGAGCACCAGAUGCUGCAGCUGCUGCUGCGGGCUGUGGCCAAACAGGCACUUUAGAAGGGUCUUCACAGAUGGAUCCCGACGUUGCCAAUCCAGCAGCAACGGCAUCUCAAGAGGCUCUUGAUGAGCAGCUAGCGAGAGAGCUGUCUGGUGGGACGGAUGAGCAAGGAUUGGGGACGCAGAGGGACCUGCUGAUCGGUUCUUGCGUUUACUUACUACUCGAUGUUCUCCCUGUUCAGACGGCUGCUAUCUUGGCAAGAACGCCUGACUACAUGGAAGCGCUGAAACACCAGCUGUCACAUCUUCAGUAUAUUGACACAGGCGAGAGAUUUUUGUUGAUAAUCUGUCGGGUUGUGGAGGAGCAACCUCUGUUGGCCCUUCUUUCCGGCGCUGCUGCCGCUAUGCUGCCAAUCCUUGACUUUUUUCAGCUGGAUAUACAGCGCAAGGCCGUACGGGCGGCGGCGAAGGCGUUGGCUGCUGCUGCGGCAGCAACGGAAAAAGCUGUCGCUGCGGCAGCCGCAGAGACUGCAGCAAGACGACAUAACCUCACUUGUUUGCCACAGGAGCAGCGAGGAGCGACCGAAUUCGCUCCGUCCACUGGUACAUCUGGGCGAAAGGAGGGCAGUGACGCCGGCGUAGGAGCUGGAGCUAGGAGCAGCAGCAGCCGCAGCAAGUUGGUGGCUUUGCGAGAACACCUGCGACAGCAGCUGCAGCUGGAGAAGCAGCAGCAGCGGGAGCUUUUGGAGCAGCUCGACGAGUACCGCAGUCUCAUAAAUCCAACGCUUCCCUUUUUCUCCUCCCUCCUUACCUACAAGGAUGAGGCCCUGUUGCAGGGAGCAUGCCAGAGCUGGCGCUCAACGCUAAGUAUUUUUGUCUGUGUCAACACUGCAGCAGCAGCAUCUGCUGCUGCAGUUGCUGGCCUAGAAUUAGCUGCUGUACGAGCGGCAGCGACAGCAGGUGGGGAGGACAGCGGGAAACCGCAUUCGUCGCAGCAGCAGCAGGAAGGUCAGCAGCAACAGGAGGAUGCUGAGUGGCUUUCAGUCUGUCAGAAAGCCUACGCAGAUCAUAUGGAGCUACUGUCUUCCGAAUUGGCUGCAUUUGGCACAGAAGCAGCAGUUGCUCUGCAGCAGCUGGUCGCCCGUACAGUUGCUGAAAGCAGCAGUGGCGCCCUUGCGUGGCAACAGCAACUGAUGCUUCAGGACGCGCUUUACGUGCUGUCUGUGUUCGCCGCUUACUCCGACACAAUCGCAGCAGAGUUGCUGCGUCAGCAAAAGCAAACUGCGAACUUUCAAGAGGCAAUUGCUAAACUCGUGAGGAAGCAGGAAAUGCUGCUGCUGGAGGGUGUUGCAGCGUAUGGGGUAUCUCUGCUCCCAGCUGUGCAUUUCCAGCUGCCUCUGUGGCAGGAAGUGCUGCAGCGGCAACAAACUGAGGCGGCUGGAGCAGAAGCAGCAGCAGCAGCGGAUGUACUAACAGUUGAUGCAAAACGCGUUUCUGUCUUUGCAGAGUCACCAGAGCUUCUUGGUCGGGCGCUUGAGACUUUUGCAUCCCCGAUGCUGCCUCUACUGGAGUCAUCUGUGACACGAGAUCUCUGCCGCUUCGUGCUACAACUGCUACUAGCUGCGGCAUACACUGCGGCGAAAGCCAGCAGCAACCAGCAACUGCUGCAGCAGCAGUUGCUGGAUCACCUUGACUGCAAAACUCUUGGAGAAAUAUGCGCGCAUGCGCUUCACAGGGGGCUGCCAGGUGCAGUGAAGUUCGCGGUUAUGAGUCUCAUUCUGCAGCUGCUGCUGCAGCGCGGCGCUGCUGCUGCAGCAGCGCUUCAGGUAGCAGGCGUGCGGGAUCGUGUAGAGGCAGAUUUUGAUAGCAGCACUAUCACGAGAAGGAUCAACAGCCGCGGUGGCUUCAGCGAUGAACGGCACCAAAAGCAGAACUCUGUAGAACCUGCGGCGGCAACUUUCCGCUUUGCAACCAGGGCGGGUGCAGCUGCUGCUGCUGCAGCUGCAGGUGAACCUAUUGCAUGUGUGGAUCUGGCUGCUUUGCUGAGGCAUAUCCGCAAAGCGUGUGUCUUGAUGUUUGAGCUACACCAGCAGAAUUUGCAGCUACAGCAGUCUGCCGGAGCUGCGCCUCCGUGUAGCGCGCAGCUGCGGCUGCAGCACGUAGCUCUGUCACUGUUGAGCCACGGGUCGCGGCUCGCUUCUGUGGGACAAGAACAACAGGAUCAACAAGAGCAGUGGCUGGCUCUGGUGGAACUGAGAAAGCUUUUGGAGGCCCCACAAAGUGUUUCUGCAUGCGAGCUUAUCAAUUCGCGCAUUGCGGAGGCACUCUGCUGUUACUUACUGGGCAUCGCCAGCAGCAGCAGUACCGGGAGCAGCUGCUGCUGUAAAGGUACCUGCCACAGUGACAGCUGCAGCAGGCAGCAGGAGCUAAAGCAACGGGGACUACUGUUCAUGCGUGCCUUUCUUUUCCCCCUCACCGAGAACCCUCCUCCGCUGCAGCAACGGAAGCUGCUGAACGCAGGAGCCUGUUUAGACGGAGUUGACUGGUCUGCUGCGUCCCCAAAUUUGCUGAUACGGCUGGCGACACUAGCCGCAAAGUGCUUGAGCAGAGUGGAGCAGUUCCCUGUGCUGCAGCAGCAGCUGCCUGCCGUUGCUGCAGCUGCAAGAGACGUGCUGCCCCCGCACUUGCGAGCCCCGAGGCCACUGUCAGGAGCAACGCCAAAUUCAGCAGCUGUAUCGACGGGAAGACAGUCAGGUUAUCGCACAGCGGGGCUGCAACAGCGCCAGCGACCGGGGCCCAGGGGUCUCCGAAUGUUCCAUCAAUUGCAACAACAGCAAUUGCCUCAGCACCCAGGAGAGUUCAUGCGGCAACAGUUGCUGCAGCAGCAUCUGCUGCAGCAGCCCGACCCCCUCUUAGUUAUGCAAGACUUGCAAAGAGACGUCGUCCUCGUAGCAAGAGAUCUCAGCAGCGAGCAAGCGCCUGGUGUUGCCUUUUCUCCGCGUGCAGCAGAGGCGCCCAAAACACCAGAUUUGUCAGCAGUAUCAACCCCUGCAACACCAACGGUGGAGGCAAGGGAAACAGAAUCAGGGGCAAGUCAAGGAAAAACGACAAAUGCAGAGCCACAGACACCGGGGAGGCCUUCGAGGAGGCGCUUUCGCAGUCGUACGGUGGGAGUCUGUCGGUCGCCUGCCCAGGCUAUUGCUGAUGCCGCGCAAGGCACAGCAGCAACACCAGCAGUAGCAGCAACACAGGAUAGGUUUGCGGGAUCUGUAACCUCAACAAGAAAGGAAGGCAGCACAUCUUCAACUCCACAGCGGGCCGGUCGAAACACACGGUCAAAGGCAGCUGGGACAGCGGCUCCGGGAGCAAAAGCCAGCAUAGCCAGCAGCAACAUUAACAGCAGCAACAGCAACAGUAUGCGCAACAGGAGCAGUGGCAGCAACGAGAGCGGUAACAGCAACACUAACCGUGGCAGCAACAGCAGCGCCACAGGCGCGAACAACAGUGGUUGCUUGAUCAAGAGACGCCGAGGGCAGCCUGGGAGCAGUGGGAGCAGCAACAGCAACGCGCCUCCCCCUUCUACGGCGUCCGGGCCUGAAGCAGCAGCAAGAGACAGCAGCAACGGGGAGAGGGCUCGCGGCGGGCGAGGGACAGUUCCAUCGGGAGCCGGCUCAGACAGCAUUGCGACGACGUCACAGCGGUCGCUACAACGGAGUAGCUAUAGCAGCAACAGCAGCGGUAGUGGUGCUGGGCUCACGGCGAUGCAGCAGCUUCAGCAAUUGGUACUGCAGCAUCAAAGAGGCAAUAUUUUGGGUGACCUGCUGUCGUGGGGCCACAGAUACUCCGGCAGCGCCAGCAACAGCAGCAACAACGCGUUGGUUGUUGACUGCAGGGCUCCGCUGUCACGCGUGGAGUCUGAAAUAAGGCGGACACUGCAGAUGAGACAGACUGCUGAGCAGACACGGCAGCAACAAAUGCAACGGCAAGCGCGGCAGCAGCACCAGAGUCGUGAUGUGGAAGAGGAGCUGCAAACAGAGCAAGGCUUGCACCAGCAGGAGCAAGAUGAAACCAGCAGUAGUAGUUCGACGAGAGGGGGUCGUCGAGGCCAGCGGGCAUCGGGGUCGUGCCAGAGAGGAGCAGAGAAUGAGGUUGCAGUGGAGCAGCAGGUACAACAGCGACCGCAGCAGCGACAGCAGGUACGGCACCAGCAACGACAACUGCGGCAGCGGCGUCAAGAGGAGGAAGACGACGCUUCAGCGAGCAGUGAUUCGAUGGAUGUGGACAGUCACCUCAAAGCAGGCAGGCGCGCAAGAGAUGACGAACAAGGUUAUGGAGGUGGCAUCAGCGAAGAAGAUAUUCCCAGUAGUAGUAGCAGCAGCAGCCAUAGCAGCAGCAGUAGUGAUAGUGAAAGCGCGGUGAUUUUUGAAAGGGAUGAAUCGGGAGAGGGCAGUAGCCACAGCAGCAGCUGCAAUAGCAGCACCAGUAGUGGGACAAGCGAAGACGAGGGUGUCACGGGACCUAACGUAGAAGGGCGUGAGGAUUCACUGCGUUGCAGUGCUGCAGAGACGCCCGAUACUCCGUCCGACCCAGCACCAACAGCAGAAGCACUGGACCGUGCCGCACCAAGGCUACAGUGUGGUGGCGCGCAGCAGCAGCAGCAAGAUGCAGCUGCAGUCGCCAGUGCGACUGCCUCUGCUGCACCGAGCAGCAUUAGCAGCAGCAACAAGCCUACUGCAGCCAGUGUGGGUGCUAUUCAGCUGUACGUACACUCCGUACCCGUCCCGCCCCAGAUGCCUGUAAUAGAGGCGCUCAAUUUGUACGGAGGUUGUGUUGCACUGCCUAGGCGCAGCAGCGGCAGUAUCUUCCGUGAUAGCAGUAGUAGCGGCAAUGGCUGGCUGUCUGCCUCAAGCAGCGUGGCGCAUCGUCGACUUCAACAGAUGCUGCAAGGAGGCAGCAGCACUUUUGAGAUGCUGCUUUCCACAGCCUUGUUGGCUGAUCUCCUCCCCAACAGCCGCGGAAGCGCUGCCUUGUCGCGGCAGCGUGGCGAGGUGGAGGCACUGUCAGGCACUCCGAAUACGAGAAGACCCAUAACUGUAGCUGCUACUACUGAGACAACAGCAGCCACAGCCGAUGGGGACCCUCGCACCGCCAUAUCUGCUCCUCCCACUUGCACCCAGGGUAGCAGCAUUGGUGGGGAGACGCUUCAGGUAGAUGUUAGUGGCAGAUUCUGCAUCAUGAUUGACGAGACCGCAGAAUCAGCCCCAGCAGCAGCAGUGGCAGCAGAAGCAACACCGUCGCGCAAUUCUCUUUGGGACAAGGCCCACACAGUCGACUACUUGGUGCUUCCGGCAACACCCAAGGCUCGAAACAGCAGCGGUAGCAGCAGCAGUCCAAAUGAACUGUGCGCAGAGGGCCUCAAGCUUGGUCGGGGCACACCCCUUGUCACCUCCGUCGUCCAUCCGGCAUUAGGUGCAGAGCGUCUGUUGCAGCAGCUGCAAGAAGAGCAACAGCAGCAGCAGGAGGAUCCCCAGGUCCCCUGCUUGAAGUCGAAAGAGCAUCCACGCAAUCCCCAGGAGCAGCAACAUUUGGAGGACCUGGCAGGAUGGUGUGUCUCUCGAACCCAGAAGGAGACGACUGCAGCUGCAGCAUACUUACGUGGUGAUUGCAACAGCUGGCACCGUCUCGAUUUGUUGCUGCAUGCGGCAUCAGAUGAGGCGGCUCCACUGUUCUAUGGCAUCCCUUCCGCCGGGGUUUCCGUCACGCGACACGGCAGCAGCACUGGCAGAGACAAACCCGGCCAAGCGUCAGCAGCAACAGUAGCAAGAACAGAGCCGGCGAUUCCUAGGCCGACGGCUGCACCUGCUGCAUAUGAAGGAAACGUUUUUCUUCCCAGCGUGUUUGACGAGGCGGCUGCAGCGGCGGCGCCUUUCGUUGUUUUGUUGCUGUAUUUGCAUAAUCUCCUGCAGCAGUUGCCGCAGCUGCACAUGUAUGCUUCUGUAGCCAGGAGCAUUACUCUGAGUAACAAUGACGACCCAGCACCAUUGGCAUCGGCAGCGACAAAAUUCGGAGCCGCUGCAUCAGCGCGCGCUCUGCGGGAGCAUCCUCUGGGUUUAUGUAGCAGCAACGGCAACGGCGACUCAGGAGCGGCUGCGGCAGCUGAAAUAUCUUGCUGGAGCAGCGUUGCAGCGAAGGCGGGGGCAGUUUUGGCAGACCCUGUUGCAGCUGUGACUAGCUGCAGCAGAACUCCUUACUGGCUAAGGAGACUGGUCUUUGCGUGCCCCUUCUUGUUUCCGCUCCAACUGAGGCUGCUGUUGUUGUUGCAGCAGCAUCUAGGGGCCAUGCGGGGCCAGUUCAUCUACAAAGUUCGGCUAAAGGAAGCGGCAGAGCUGCUGCUCGGCCAGCGACAGGGUAGCAGCAGCAGCAGCAGCAGCGUGCAGCCGUUGCUUAAUCUACCCACUGCCGGCAUUAGCAGUAGCAAAGCUCUGCUACUGCAGCGAUUGCGGCCUGUGCUGCAGCUGCAAGGAGCAGCAUCUGGAGGCAGUAGUAACAGACGGGAGCAAGAAAUACUGGCAGAUUUGGAAGGAGGAGCAUCUCUUCCUCGGACAAAGGUUAAGAUGCCACGCGCGCACUUGGUGGAGAGUGCUGCGAAGGUGAUGGACCAUUUGCUGGCGAGCAGCCGCAGUAGUGAAGAGCAGCCUGUGCUAGAGGUGGAGUUCGCCGGAGAAGAGGGAGUGGGCCAAGGCCCAACGAAUGAAUUUUAUGCCGAGGUGUUGGAGGCGCUGCUGACUUGGAAGGAACCUGAGCUGUUCUUGAACUGCAGCAGCGGUGGGGGGCUGUUUCCUCGUGCGUAUUUGACAGAUUUGUGUCUCAUCCCGUUGGACAUGGUGCGGCGUCCAAGAGUGUCUCCUCUAGUGCAGCAACAACAGCCGCAGAGGAUGCGAAGCAGGGCUCCAACAAGAAGGACGGAUAGAGGUGUUCCUUCUGAAGGGGCAGAGGAUAUGGAAGAAGAUGCGGGGCCGUUCAGCAACACUUGCAACGCCAGCAGCAAUGCAAGCACGAUUGGUUUUUCCCAACAGAAACCCUCCUGUACAGCAGCAGCACCGUCCCCAAGAGCAGUCUCUGCAAGUGGAGGAGGCACACUGGAGCUCCAGCUAUUUAGUCACUUCCGCCUGUUGGGCCAGUUGGCUGCAAAGGCCCUGCUAGACGGUCGCAGCAGCACAACUGACAUUGGGCUGCAUACGCUUUUUUGGGAGGCAGUUGCUCGCCCUCGGCUGCACCAGGAGCGGCUCAGGCCCUGCAGCUGCAUGAGUCCUGCAGCAGCGGCAGCAGACGUGGAAGCUGGAACCGCGACAGCGAGGCUACGGUUCGGUAUUUGCUACUGUGGUGGGACCGCUGCUGCUGUUGCUGCUGUUGCUGCAAUUGACGAAGCUCUGGGGAGGUCUCUACAGCAGAUGCUCCAGCAUCGCGCAGAUGGACAUGAGGUCAAGGAUAUGGCGUGCUCGUUUGUGAUUCCACAAGAUGGUGGGGGGCCCCUUGUUGAAGGCGGUGAAAACAUAUUUGUGUCAAACGCUUCUUUGGACUUUUUCAUCCAGCGUUUGGCUUUCGUGCUUCUUUGUGAAGGCAUCUUCCUGCAGGCGUCUGCGUUUCGUCUGGGAUUUGGUUCUUUCUGCCCGCUCUUCGCACUUUCGCCGUUGUUGCCGAUGGAGGUUUCUUCCGUUCUGUUCGGAGACAGAGAGAGGACGAGACAGGAUAGGUUCUGGACGCUGUCCCACCUUAGGGCACAUGUUGCUCCGGACCAUGGAUUUACGACAUCGAGCGCUGUGUAUGGGCACUUCUUGGAGGUUUUGGUGGACUUCAACCCUUCACAGCGUGCGGCGUUCCUCAAGUUUGUCACGGGAUCAACAAUUCUGCCAGCAGGUGGAUUCGCUGGGUUUCGUCCGUUGAUGAAGGUCGUCAGAAAGACUCCGGCGUCUGGCGGUGGGGCCAUCGAUUGCCUUUUGCCGAGUGUGAUGACCUGCAGCAAUUACAUAAAAUUGCCCAACUACUCUUCUAAGCAAAUCCUUAAAGAGCGGCUUCUCCUUGCCCUAGAGGAGGGACAAGGUGCCUUCACAUUGUCGUAA